GUGGAUCAAGUGAAGCCUUUUUUAUACAACAAAAAUGGUUUCCUAAAACUGGACGAAUUGCUGGACGUUAUUGUUGUCGGAUGUAUAUUGACCUAUAUUGUUUAAUUGUAGCUAAAGACAAAUAUUUUCUAUGCGCACACACGUACCAAAUGAAUGACAAACUGCACGCGCGAGCUUCUAUUUUUGUUUUCCAAAAAAUACUGUAAAUUCACACACACACACACACACACAGACACAGACACACACACAGACACACACACAGACACACACACAGAGGUGGUGGUGUAGUGGUGGGCUCUGCAUCCCUUCCUCCUCCCGGCUCCUUCUCUCAAACAACACGUGGGCCCCUAAUGCUGGUGAACUGUCAGCACUGAGCGCAUGCGCAUUAAGGUGAUGGGAAUUUCCAACAGCUGAGGAGGCGUAGCUAGCCACUGCUAGCACUUGUUAAAGCUUGGAGACAGCUCAGAAGAAUCACACGAUCAUAAAUGUGUCUUCGUGAUGAGUGACCUUGAACUCUACACAUGCUGAAUCCAAGGAAUGGAAUAGAUACAACUCUGCAUUAUCAGAGAGUGAAGCUCCUCCUGACCUCAUCUUGCAGGACAUAGACCUGUUUGUCUGAAAACAAGUCAUGCUUUGAGCCAAAACCAGAGAUGCCCAUGAGAAUGCACCCUUACAGGCUGCAGCGUAGCUACGCCAACUGAAAGCAGCAGACAACUACAUCUCUUGUUUAAAGGAUGUGCUGCUGAUUGGAUGCAAAGUCUAAUUUCUCUUCCACCUCUCCAAAACGUAAUUAACAUUGAGUGUGUGCCAGCGUGUACAGUGAAUUAUGGUGAUCAAAAAUGAUGCUUGAAUGUGGCAUCCUGGUGCAGGGCAUGCUAAAAGGGGGGAGGCGUAAGUAUAAAGUAUAACAGCUGACUGAUAGUCUGCUGUCAAUAAUGGAUGCCAAGUUAAAAGAGGAUCUGUUUCGGAGGUAUGUGACGGCACUGGAGAGGCGUCUGGAGGAGGAAUACACAUGGAUUGGAACUGCAUCAGAGGGGGAUAGAGGGAGACACAAGGACAGCGAGGGCCUACUCUCCACAGCCACAGCUCUGCUAGGGGCCUACCAGCCAGAUCCGGGACAACGUUUCCGGAUGGUGCGUUUCUAUGAGGUGGUGGAGAAUUCUCUCCGCUGCCAGAGAGGGGGCAACAUCAAGAGCCUGGAGAGAGCGUUCCACACGUUGGAAACCAUUUGCACCAACCUCUUGCUUUUCCCCUGGAAGAAGGAGUUCAGAUGUAUAAAGACCUUCACUGGCCCAUACGUGUACCAUCUGCAGUCUGCUAUUUCUGAUGCUGAACUCCGAUCUCUAAUGCGCACCAUCGGCUACGCCUGUGACCAUGAUACGCAGUUCCAUUUGCAGGAACACCCAGGAGGCGCAAAUCAUCUCCGCCAGUUGGCAUUUGAGCUCUUCCUGGCCCAGGCAGAGUGUCGUCUUCUGGGAGAGGUAGUGGCUCUGGCCCGUGGUUCAGCCUCAGAGCUAGAGGCCCUGGAACUCCGCAGAGGUUGCAGAGAUGAUGCAGCUGGCUGUGCUGAGGCGCUCCGCAGGCGCGACAGCCUUGGGGCAGAUAUGGCUCGGCUGUCUGUGCGGCCGUUGGAUAUAGAGAGGCCUCAUGCCCACCACCUGAGGCGGGGUAGCCGACCGUCUAAAUCGGUGGAUGUUACAGAUGGGGCUGGUCACUGGCACGCAGCAGUUAGCAAGCCUGUCUUGAAGGCCUCAUUGAGUCUGAGGAAGGAGCCUCUGUUUGUGGAUGCAGAGGAGGAUAUGAAGGAUGAGAUCAUCAGGCCCAGCACAUCAGCGUCUCUCUUCUCUGUGGCAGCUCCACCUUCCUAUAGCCCUGUUGCGGAUUUCUUCCCAAUUCAGUCACCUCCCCCAGCGGAUGCUUACACAUCCUACCACCUGUCCUCUUUGGAUGAGAUUGACUUGUACACAGAGAGGGGUGUUGCUGGGACGGGAGGAAGGCAGACCCCCUCUCGACCUGCAUCCAGAGAGCCUCGGGAGGCAAGGGAUGGGUGGCUGCUCAAAGCUCAUGGUGGUGUGAAGUGUCAGGGUUGUGGGCUGGGCUGCUCCACUAUGACCUCCUGCCAGAGGUGUGACAUGAUCCUCUGUUCUGCCUGUCAUGAUGUGGACCCCUCCCCUUGCUGUGGCCUCCAGGACUACCACCCCAAAUCCCCACGACCCCUUGAUGGAUACAUUCCUGUGAAGGAAAAGCUCUCUGUCUACUCUAAUGCUCACUCCCACUCCCAUCUCCAUCCACACCCUCUGACACUGACCCACUCACACUCUCACCCCCACCCUCACCCCCAGAUGGUGGAGAAACCCCUCAUGUCUACUAAGCUGUUUCCAAGCAAGUCUGUUGCCUUGACAACGCCAAAGGGAGGCAGCAGCGAGCGGAUAAGCUUGGGGGGUUCGCGAUGCGGGUUUUGCAACAAGCCAGGUGCAUCACACACCUGUGUGAACUGCUCUAAGGUGUCAUGUGACUCGUGCAUGGGCUUGUAUGCAAAGGAUAUCUGCACGCGAAAGAACCCCCAGCACAGCUUUGUGCCCAACCAUCAGCUCAACUUCAAAUCUGGCACCAUAUCUCACCUGGUGUACCGAUGAAUCAUGCAGACAGAAUAUUUGUUUCUCCCUCCUAGUCCCCUCCCUUAAUCCUCUGCGUAGUCUCGCACUAUUGCUUUAGCUCUGUUCCUGUUUAAACAGUUCAUUCACUAUCUUCCCCUUUAACUGAUGGUCUUUUCGCUCUCUCUAACCCUCUCUUGAACUUUGUACAUUUUCUCUUACUGUUAGUAGGGCCCUGGAAUGCACAUGCCACAGAGAGCCAUAUCGUCUGCCCAUCUCUCUGCCUUGUACAAGUUCAGGCCUUUUAUCUAUUUCUUCUUCUUUUUAUCUUGCUACCUGCUCUUGAGUAGUCAUGUGAUGUUGUAGCGCUUCCCAAAUUCCUCAAAUUCUGUCCUCCUCAAAAGGGAGACUGGAGAAAAGAGUAAUUCCUUCUCAUUUUGAAUGAAUUCCGUCCAAAUGAACAUAUAUACUUUGCCUAACUUCUCAGCUAAAAAAUCCUCCAAUAUAUAUACACAGUAUAUAUAUAUGUGUGUGAGUGUGUGAGUGUGUGCGUGUGUAGAAAAGACCUCAGAGCUUGCAUUGUGACAAAGGAGAUCUUUUUAAACUUGAAAAAUAGUAGGGAAAACAGAGAAAACAUACACUGGAAGUCAAUAAGUCAAUAGUAUAUAUUUUUAAUCUCUAUUCUCUAGAACAUUGUGAGACUGUUAAAUGGGCAUGAGGUCUGUCAUUGGGAUUUUUGGGGUAUAAACUUAUGUCUGUGGGUGUGGGGUGUGCGAUAUCUCAAAGGGACAUAUUGAGACAAUGGUCAGAUGCCAUAUAUUCUAUUUAAAAGAUUAUGCCAUGUAAAUUAACCCUCAAUUGUUUCUGGUUAUAUGAGGUUUAAAUGCUGCUGUUGACUUGAGACAUUGAAGAUAUGUGGCGUUGACUUAUUUCUGGUAAAUAGCCUGUUGAGUUGUGUCAGUUCCAAGCCCCCCAUCCCCUCUCAUUACACUCCUUAAGCCUUCAUGGUCCACGAUGUUGUAGUGCACCCUUACCAGAUCAGUUGUUCCCUGUCAGUCUCAGGUGGAGUCACAGGAAGUCUCACGUGUGAGCAUUUAGACAGUAUGAAAGUGUAUACUACAGUUUCUGUCUACCUCAAGUGGCUUCAGCUUAUAUACCCAGUUUGACAUUGUGGUUUCAAACUAGCCCUUGAAACCUAAGAAAUACUUAAAUUAUUCUUCUCUAAUUUGCAACUGGCGUUUUUAACUGAAUAGAAAACAUCUCUUACAAUCAGCUGAUUCAGUCACUUUUGAAGGUUAGCAGAGGUUAUUUAUUUUGUGACUUAAUCCUGGGCUUUGUCAUCUGAACAAAUAGCACAAGGUUUUCUGUCUUGUGGCUGUUUACAGUGUCUGUAUAUACAGCGGGUGGACACAAAAACACGAACACCUGUAAAUUAUAAUGCAAUUCAAUACAAUAGCCCUGCGACAAAUACUACCUUUGUGAAGCCUAAACUGUUAAGUUUGAUUGAAACUGUCAGAAAGGUGCUAAUUUAGUUUUGUGGUAAUUUUUGAACCUGUAUUUUGUGGUAGUGCACUGGAUUGCAUUGUAGUGUAAGUUGUCUCCGUUUUUUCACAUUGACAUAAGACAGAAACCUCUUAUAAUAUGUCGCAGUUCAGUGCAACAUUUUAGCUUUGCAAAGGUAGUAUUUAUCACAUGGCUAUUGUUGUUGUGUUCACACAGUGAUCGCCAAUGUGUAGUCAUUUAAGACUGGUGGUGACAUUCCCAGUUAUAUUAAGACCCUGAAAACCCUCUCUGAGGGCCUUGAUUUGGGGUGAUUUGGUGCAUGAGGUUAUCAUGAGUUUCCUCAAGCAAGCCUCUGCCAUUUGCUGUGGAAUUUUCAUUAAACUAAUUUAUUGGUAUACUUCAAAGGGCUGGGGCCAUCACAGGUAAAUAAACUCUGCUAAUAUGUAAACUGAGUGUCAUACAUUUUGAGGGUACCUUUCAUGAUUAGGCUUAAAUUCUCCAUGCAAGAGAAAAAUUAACGCGUUAGAUUGCAAUUGACAGUCACCAAGGGCUAAUUUUAAAUCACAUUUCAUUUAGAAAAAGUCCAGGUUAUUUUGACAAUCGUUUAGGAUCAUGUUAUCCUUUAUGUUCUGUCAGGAAUAACCUCUAAAUGCCUUAAGCUCAUUUAGCUGUCUUAUCGUAGAAUUCUUUUUUUCUUUUUUUUGUUUUUCCGGUGUCAUCAUUUACAUUGUUUUGUGUUUUACCAGCAUGUAGGUUAAACAUUAACAUGGUUUUGCCAGGCUACAUGAACUAAAUGCAUAGCUUGUUCUAUGACAGCUAAGAAAAGAAUUCAGAGUAAUUCAAAACUACACACAAGAAUGGUUUAACCACCACACGGUGUCUAUAUUGAACCAUGCGUAUUAACAGAAUUAUGCAGCAAUUCACACUUUGUAGAUCAAUCAAUAUACUAUGUGCUUACAGGGGUUAAUAUCUGUAAUAAUAACCAUGUUUUGCCUGGACGUCAAACUUCAUAUAUAUUUAGUUUUGCUUACAGAUAUUACCUAAACACUCACACUCACUCACACUUCUGUUCAUUCCUUCCCUUUAAAACUGAGUUUUGUGUCUUUAUCAUAUUAAACAACAUAAAGAAGGGAUGUUUUGAUGCCAUUUGGAUGUAGCUUAAGGGUUCUUUGAGAGAUCUUCUUGGGUCAACAUUAGCUAACUUGGGUAUCACAAAAGUCUUGAGUGACCUUAGUGGGAGGUGUGCAAUUGUUUUGUUUUUUUCAUCCAAUGAAGCCUUUCUAAAUAGUUUGAAUAUUUAUCAUAGAUAUAUUUCAGUUACUCGAGUCUGUUGAUCACAAAUCAUACCAGCAACAAAGAUGACUUUCAGUAUUGAGCCAUGUUGCGAGAGUGAUCAUUUUGCCAAAUGAAGAACAAAGCUUUUAUUGGAGUAGAAAACAAGAUCCUUUUGCUUGCCCAGAUGCACAGUUAAUGUAACAUAUAUAUCUGUGGUUUUGCUCAAGUUUAGCCUUGUGUCUCUAGAUGUUGGCCUUUUAAGAAG